GUGGCGGUAAUGCAACGUUAAUAUUGGAUGCCAACCGCCAUUAAACACAACUGAAGAAGGAGACCAAGCGGAUCUCUCCAUUCAACACCUCCAAAAUGAGACUGGUGAUCCUGGAAGACUAUGACCUGGCCAGUGAAUGGGCAGCCAAAUACAUCCGCAACAGAAUCAUCCAGUUCAAGCCCAGUGCCGACAGAUACUUCACUUUGGGAUUACCCACAGGAAGCACUCCUUUUGGAUGUUAUAAAACACUGAUAGAGUAUCACAAGAAUGGGGACCUCACUUUCAAAUAUGUGAAGACCUUCAACAUGGACGAGUAUGUGGGCCUGCCCCGGGCCCACCCAGAGAGCUACCACUCCUACAUGUGGAACAACUUCUUCAAGCACAUUGACAUUGAUCCAGCGAAUGCCCAUAUCCUGGAUGGCAAUGUCACCGACCUAGAAGCAGAGUGUGAGGCCUUUGAGAAGAAGAUCGCCCAGGCUGGGGGAAUCGACCUGUUUGUGGGGGGAAUCGGACCGGACGGUCACAUUGCUUUCAACGAGCCAGGCUCCAGUCUAGUCUCCAGGACCAGAGUGAAAACCCUGGCGAAGGACACCAUCGUAGCCAACGCCCGUUUCUUUGGCAACAACUUGUCAAAGGUCCCCACCAUGGCCUUGACUGUGGGUGUGGGGACAGUCAUGGAUGCUCGAGAGGUCAUGAUUCUUAUCACAGGAGCCCACAAAGCCUUUGCCCUGUACAAAGCCAUAGAGGAGGGGGUUAACCACAUGUGGACCGUCUCAGCCUUCCAGCAGCACCCGCACACCAUCUUUGUGUGUGACGAGGAUGCCACACUGGAGCUCAGAGUCAAAACGGUCAAGUACUUCAAAGGUUUGAUGCAUGUUCACAACCGACUGGUGGACCCAGUACUCAGCAUAAAGGACCAAUAAUGGAGAAUGGAGUGAAGUCUGAAUUCCAGACCUCCAAAUGGUGAAUGGACCUAGAGUUUUUGGUAGGCUAUAACCAGCAAGACAAAGUGCCAGGGAGAUUGUCAGCACUUCAGUUGAGGGGCUAUGGUUUAAGGCUACCAUAACAACUACCCAAGCAUUAAAGUGCAUGAGACUUGCUGGCAUUCAUAACCUUUUCCUCCAUAGACAUUAACUGUCAUUGGCUGUUUUUCAGCUUGUUUACAGUCAAUUAGGGUAAUAUGAAGGCUAACUGUAAAUGCCCCCUCAGCUGAUAUGUUAAAGAUGCCAUGAAUUCUCAUACACCACUGUUACCGAUUUUAUAUUAUGAGGUCAGACCCUUUGCCGUAUUAGUCUCAAACAUGUAUUGGGUCACUGCAUUGUCAAGGGAACUUGUUCAUCACAUUCUAGCAUCCAACCACUCAGCUACAACUCAAGGAUGCGUCUUCACACUAAACACUUCUCCACUCAUCUGCCUUCUCGACUCAUCUUCCUUCUUCCAUCUGCACAAUCUAGAUACGGGAUGGAGGAAAGCAAAAUGCUUAGACCAGAUCAGAUGAAAAAAGGAGUUAUCAAGUAAAGCCACUUUGGGUUAUAGAGACUUGUCACUUUGAGCCAUUUA